AGCUGGGAGCGGGAUUAUGGUGGCCUGAGCUGCAAACGCAGCUGUAGGAGCCCGGAGCCCCUGACCCUUCCCCUGCUGCCGCCCCGCCGGGAGGACCAGGAAAGCAGCCUCCGACCUGCCAUGCCCGCCCCGCCCAGCCCCCCGGGGGGCCCGAGCCGGCCUCUCCCGGACCUCUGUUGAGGUUGGACCGCUGGCCAGAUGUAGCCAGGCUCCGGAUCCGUCUUCUCCCCUCCUGUCUCUCUGUGGAUCUCUCCUGCCCGCUCCCCACAGCCUGGAGCCAGGGCUGGCCGAGGGGCCUGCAGGCGCUGGAGCCCUGAUGUCUCACCGCUCACUCUCCUGAGAAGCCACCUCCAGCACCCAGAGUUGGGGUCAGGCCACAGGGACGGUCGCAGGCUGGAGUGAGCCCAGAGCGCCCCAAGGCCAGGGCCCACCAUGGCCCAAGCGCUGCCCUGGCUCCUGCUGUGGAUGGGCUCUGGGGUGCUGCCUGCCCACGGCUCCCAGCCUGGCAUCCGGCUUCCCCUGCGAAGCGGGCUGGGGGGCGCCCCCCUGGGGCUGCGGCUGCCCCGGGAGACCGACGAGGAGCCCAGCCGGAGGGGAAGCUUUGUGGAGAUGGUGGACAACCUGAGGGGCAAGUCCGGUCAGGGCUACUACGUGGAGAUGACCGUGGGCAGCCCCCCACAGACGCUCAACAUCCUGGUGGACACAGGCAGCAGUAACUUCGCAGUUGGGGCCGCCCCCCACCCUUUCCUGCACCGCUACUACCAGAGGCAGCUGUCCAGUACAUACCGGGACCUCCGGAAGGGCGUGUAUGUGCCCUACACCCAGGGCAAGUGGGAAGGGGAGCUGGGCACCGACCUGGUGAGCAUCCCCCACGGCCCCAACGUCACCGUUCGUGCCAACAUCGCUGCCAUCACUGAAUCAGACAAGUUCUUCAUCAAUGGCUCCAACUGGGAGGGCAUCCUGGGGCUGGCCUAUGCUGAGAUCGCCAGGCCUGACGACUCCCUGGAGCCAUUCUUUGACUCGUUGGUAAAGCAGACCCACGUGCCCAAUCUCUUCUCCCUGCAGCUCUGUGGUGCUGGCUUCCCCCUCAACCAGUCGGAGAUGCUGGCCUCAGUUGGAGGGAGCAUGAUCAUCGGGGGUAUCGACCACUCGCUGUACAUGGGCAGCCUCUGGUACACACCCAUCCGGCGGGAAUGGUAUUACGAGGUGAUCAUUGUGCGGGUGGAGAUCAAUGGACAGGAUCUGAAAAUGGACUGCAAGGAGUACAACUAUGACAAGAGCAUCGUUGACAGUGGCACCACCAACCUUCGUCUGCCCAAGAAAGUGUUUGAAGCUGCUGUCAAAUCCAUCAAGGCAGCCUCCUCGACGGAGAAGUUCCCAGACGGUUUCUGGCUCGGGGAGCAGCUGGUGUGCUGGCAAGCAGGCACCACCCCGUGGAACAUUUUCCCGGUCAUCUCACUCUACCUAAUGGGUGAGGUCACCAAUCAGUCCUUCCGAAUCACCAUCCUUCCACAGCAAUACCUGCGGCCAGUGGAAGAUGUGGCCACAUCCCAAGACGACUGUUACAAGUUCGCCAUCUCACAGUCAUCCACGGGCACUGUCAUGGGAGCCGUUAUCAUGGAGGGCUUCUACGUUGUCUUUGAUCGGGCCCGGAAACGAAUUGGCUUUGCUGUCAGUGCUUGCCAUGUGCACGAUGAGUUCAGGACAGCAGCGGUAGAAGGUCCUUUUGUCACCCUGGACAUGGAAGACUGUGGCUACAACAUCCCACAGACAGAUGAAUCGACCCUCAUGACCAUAGCCUAUGUCAUGGCUGCCAUCUGCGCCCUCUUCAUGCUGCCCCUCUGCCUCAUGGUGUGUCAGUGGCGCUGCCUCCGCUGCCUGCGCCAUCAGCACGAUGACUUUGCUGAUGACAUCUCCCUGCUGAAGUGAGGAGUCCCACGGGCAGAAGAGAGAGAUCCCCCUGGACCACAUCUGGUGGUUCGCUCUGGUCACAAGGAGGAGACACAGAUGGCACCUGUGGCCAGAGCACCUCAAGACCCUCACCCACCCACAAAUGCCUCUGCCUUGACAGAAAAGGAAAAGCUGGCAAGGUGGGUUGCAGGGACUGCACCUGUAGGAACCAGGAGAGGGAAGAAAGAAGUGCUCUGAUGGCGGGAAUACCCUUGGUCACCUCAAACUUGAGUUGGGAAAUUCUGCUGCUUGAAACUUCAGCCCUGAGCCUUUGUCCACCAUCCCUUUAGAUUCUCCAACCCAAAGUAUUCUUCUUUUCUUAGUUCCAGAAGUAAGGUGACCCCAGUGUGUGUCUCUGCAGUACCCUAGCAGAGAAAGGGCCAAUCUUGUUUCCCUGCUGGCCACAGUCAGCGGGAACGGACGCACCGUUUGCUGUUUGCUUUAGAGAUAGGGACUGUAUAGACAAGCCUAUAACAUUGGUGCAAAGACUGCCUCUUGAAUUAAAAAAUAAUUUAAAAAUAAUUUGUACAAAUAAUUUGUACAAAUGGGGGUGGCUGGACGAGGAGAAGGAGAGGGAGUGCAAAGACAGGGAAGCUGGGAUCAAAGCGAGGCAAGGCCAGAACAUGACCGCUCGCCAGUCCCAGUUUUAGACGGCAUCUCCAAGAUAAGAAUCCCACCUUCUAAGAUGGGUGUUGCUUCCCAAUGUCUUCUUUUCUGUGGUUGCAGCCUGACCAAAAGUGCGAUGGGAAGGAGGGCUUCUCUAGCCAAAAAGCUCUUUUUAACUCUCUUAAAGGAAAAGUGCCCACUAAAACGUUCUGUCUAACAAAUGAAUUUCUACCUUAUUAAUUCCUUGUCCCUACCUGAACCUUCUACUGUACACGUGACUAGUAGCACUGAAACAUCCCCAACCCUGGAAGCCCCAGGUGCCCUAUGGGAAAGCAGCUGGAAUAGAGCAAAUAUAACAGGGCUGCACUUUGUCUUCCUGGCUACCUGUUCACCCCCUCCCCCAGUCCUACUUCUCCAGAGCUUUGUAGCUGAGGUGCUAAGAAUAGAUAGGAAACCUCUCCUAUCUAAUCCUUGAAAGCAGACUCUUGAAGAUUCAUUCAACAGGGAUAGAGUUGAUGCCCUAUACCCCCUGCCUGGAGUUCUUCCUGUUCAGCUGUAAGUGGUAGUAAGAUCUUGACAUAAUACAGAGCAGUUUCGUUGCCUUCUCCCUGUCUCUAAGGUCUCCCUCAUUUAUUCGGCUAAGGCAUCCCACAGUGGCACUAGUAUUAUACCAAGAAUGUCAGGAACACAGGGCUUUCUGGCUCCACCAGCAUCACAUUCAGUAUCAAGGCUGCGUGGAAAAAGGAUGACAGCCUCCGGGCUUCCUAAUUCCCUUCACCACAAGAGCCCCUUGAUGGAGGCCAUCCUUUGCCCCUAUCCUGCUCUUUAUUCCCCGCUCCUAAUAGUACUUGGGUACCCAGGCUGGUUCUUGGGCUAGACAGUGGGGACCAAGUUCAUUUCCUCCCUAUCAGUUCUAAGCCAGUCGACUAUGAUACCAGUGUUAAUGGGAAGAGCUGAAUUUUCUUACUAUUCCACUGGAUCCUAUUCCUCUCUGGUCAACACACUGCUUCCAAGUAUGGGACCUGCACAGCGUAGAAUUACCUGAUGAGGGAGAGGGAAAUACAAAGAGGGCCUCUGGAGAUCCUGGCCUCGGCCAGCUGCCCACAAGCCAUAAACCAAUAAAACAAGAAUACUGAGUCGCAGUUUUUUAUCUGAGUCCUCUUCAUUCCCACUGCACCUGGUGCUGCUUUGGCUGACGGGGAACACCCCAUAACCACAGAGACUGACAGGAAGACUGGAGACUGUCCACUUCCAGCUUGGAACUUACUGUGUAAAUAAACUUCCAGAACCGCUACCGUGAAAUGAAAAUGCCACAUUCCACUUUAUAAUUUCAACCCGCGUUGGGGAAAACUGGUUUUUCCCCCGCUCUUUCCAGGGUAUAAAACUCAACCCCUUCCUUA